AUGUCUGCUCGUCCACAAGUUUCUGUUGUUUCAACUUCAGGUGAAUUAUCAUCUACUCAAUUACCAUUACCAGCUGUCUUCUCUGCUCCAGUCAGACCAGAUAUUGUCCACUCUGUUUUCGUUAGAGUUAACAAGAACAAGAGACAAGCUUAUGCUGUUGCUGAAAAUGCCGGUCAUCAAACCUCUGCUGAAUCAUGGGGUACCGGUAGAGCUGUUGCCAGAAUUCCAAGAGUUGGUGGUGGUGGUACUCACCGUUCCGGUCAAGCUGCCUUUGGUAACAUGUGUCGUGGUGGUCGUAUGUUUGCUCCAACUAAAACUUGGAGAAAAUGGCAUGUCAAAGUUAACCAUAACGAAAAACGUUAUGCUACUGCUUCUGCUAUUGCUGCUUCUGCUGUUACUUCUUUAGUUUUAGCUAGAGGUCACAGAGUUGAACAAGUUAAAGAAUUACCAUUAGUUGUUGCUAAUGAAUUUGAAUCUGUUCAAAAAACUAGAGAAGCUGUUGCUGUCUUAAAAGCUAUUGGUGCUCAUAAAGAUGUUAUCAAGGUUAUCAAAUCUAAGAAAUUAAGAGCUGGUAAAGGUAAAUUAAGAGGUAGAAGAUUCACUCAAAGAAGAGGUCCAUUAGUUGUCUACUCUCAAGAUAACGGUUUAGUUAAAGCUUUAAGAAACGUUCCAGGUGUUGAAACUUCUGAUGUUAAACAUUUAGGUUUAUUACAAUUAGCUCCAGGUGCUCAUUUAGGUAGAUUUAUUGUCUGGACCCAAGGUGCUUUUGAAUCAUUAGAUUCUGUCUAUGGUUCUGAUUCUACCAAAUCCAUCAAGACUGCUUACACUUUACCAGCUAACAUUAUCUCUAACACUGAUGUUACCAGAUUAAUCAACUCUGCUGAAGUUCAAGCUGCUGUUAGACCAGCUGGUGAAUCUACUCAAAAGAGAACCCAUGUCUUAAAGAAGAACCCAUUAAAGAACAAACAAGUCUUAUUAAGAUUAAACCCUUACGCCAAGGCUUACUCUGCUGAAAAAUUAGGUUCUACUAAAGUUACCAAAUCCACUGCUAGACCAUCCAAAGGUCAAUUUUCUGAAGUUUUAAAGAACUAA